AUGUAUAACUCGUGGUUUGAAAUAAUCCGAUCCAUUUCGCCCUACAACUGGGCAAUGCUGGGCAUAGCCAUGGCCCUGUUCCUCUCCAUCAUCGGCGCAGCAUGGUACACACAAAUUGGAGGAAGCUACAUGGAAAUAAAAUACAUCACGGGAAUAUUCAUUUGCGGGACGAGCAUAGUGGGAGCCUCGGUGAAAUCCCCACGUAUCAUUUCGAAAAAUUUGAUUUCCAUUAUAUUUUGUGAAGCACUCGGCAUGUAUGGAGUCAUCACUGCAGUUUUUCUUCAAAUUAAAUUUAGUGGACUCAGCAAGGAAGUACACGCCCCACUGGUGCUAACAACCAAGACGGAUGCACUUAUUAUGAACACCAUCAGAGGGGGAUGGGCCCUGUUUGCUAGUGGUCUCACGGCAGGCUUGUCCAACCUCGUUUCUGGGGUUUCCGUAGGAAUAACGGGCAGCUCAUGCGCCUUGGGAGAUGCACACAAUUCGGACCUUUUCGUUAGAAUGCUGAUGAUUGAAAUAUGUGCUAGUGUUAUAGGUUUGUUUAAUCUUUCGCACAAUCAAAUGAGGGAGUGCGACUACUGCAUUUACAAUGUAGUUGUGUGCAUGGGUCUUCCCAGCUAA